AUGCCUGGAACGGACUCCGGCGGGGUGCGCUCUGAUCUUCUGGCCCGUGACCUCUGUCAGUGCUGCGCCGGCGGAAAGGCUCGCAGAAAUACAGAGAGGGCCUUAAACGUAGCGUUCAAGCGCGUAUGCGAGACGGCUCACGAGCGGCGGCGGCGCCGCUGUGAGAGGCCGGCGGCGGCGUUGCAGGGCGGCGACCUGCGACUCCAAGAUCCUCGUCGAGGUGCCGACUCCAAGAUCCUCGCCGAGGGGCUGGAUCCAAGAUCCAGUGAGGAGGGGCCUCCUCCGCGCGAGCCUCGGCUGCACCAGUCCAGCGCCGCCUGGUUAGCCGAUUCCUUUUCUCAAUCUGCAGGUUUGCUGGUGUGGCUUGCUAUGAGCGGUGAUAUGGAUCUAGGACAGGAAGUUGUGGUUGAGGUUGAAAGUCGUGAUAGUCUGGUAACUAAGCAGUCAAGUCGAUCAUCUAGGAAGAGAACUAAAGUUUGAAAAUUUGUGGAUACCGAAGUGGUUGAUGGCAAGGAGAAGGCAAUAUGCAGAUACUGUAAGUUUCAAUUGUCCUCUGAACCUGGAAAAGGUACAACGCACCUCAACACACACAUUGCAAUUCACUGUCAUUCCAUUCCGCAAGAGGAUAGGGACAGAUUCAUUGCAACAUUGAAGCCAAAGUCUCUGAACAUGGAAAAGGGUGUCUUUGAUCCAGAAGUAUUUCGUGUUUUGAUUGCCAAAUAUUUUAUCAGUGCAGAGAUUGCUUUCCGUAA